AUGACUGAGUGGUGUUGUCUAUUCAGUAUAGACUGGGAAUAUUUGAAAAGGAGCGAAAACUCGCAAGAGCAAAUGAGGUCGCAAACCAGUCUGCAUAUACAUCUUGUAAGAAACAGAUUGGUUUCCGACAAAGAGGCCUCGUGUCAGGAGUGGUGGGAUGAAUGGGGAUGGUGA